CUAAUUAAGAAAGAUUCCUAGAUUAUUCUCCACACACCCACCUGCUCAUACUAAUAUUAUCUUCUAUAUCGCUCUCUACCUCUACUAGAUAUAUUAAAAAGUAAAGAUGGAUUUUACACAUCUCAACAAUCUCUUGACUAACAAAUUUUAUUCUACUCCACGUCACUUGCAAUUUCAAGAACUUAGAAAUGGGGAAAACAGAGCGUCUUGUGUCAUGAAGGAAUGGAUGGUGGAGAAUGUAAACACGUCGGAACCUCUGGUGUUUGGGAGUCCCUAUGAAAUGGAAUAUUCGCAAGUUAACCAAUUUGCUCUGCCGUUUGAUAAGGUUGAAAAUACAUGGCAGGAAUUGGUCGUGCGUCCGAAGGCGCCUUACCCGACAACCAACAUGCAAAACUUGUCUCCUGUGGAGCUCAAACCACCACAAGUCUACGCUGAACCUCCAUGCAAACCGAAGGCCGACUUACCUGAAAACCUCAACGAUCUGCCAAGAGCAGGAAAGUAUAAUUUUGAAUUGGUUUUUCCGCCAGAACACAAGCCACCCACGAAAUCGUGCAAAAUGACGUAUUCACCACAGUUGACUCGAUUGUUUGUACAUGUUGACGAUCUGAUCACAUUAAACUUCCGCACUUCUGCUGACAUACCUGUGAAAUCAGCAGAAAUCCGUGCCUUUCUGACAUUUAAAGAGGAGCGUCAUAAAACGGAAGUCGUUGACAGAUGUCCUAACCACUUGCAAGAAGAUUCAACUUCAAAACAUUCUGAACAUGUGAUGCAAAUUAUCCGUCGCGGCGCGAAUUACAAAACGUGUCAAGUGUCAGGGCGACAUUAUUUCUCGUUCGUACCCAACUCUCGUCAGCCACGCGUUAAAGAAUUCAAAGAAGUUAUAAAAUUCGUUUGUCGCACAUCAUGCAAAGGGGGCAUCAACCGGCGGAGCGUAGUUGCAAACUUUGUGUUAUACAUCAAUGGAAACAUCGAAGGGUAUAUCCCGCUUCAUCUGCACAUCUCCACGUGUCCAGGGAGAGACCGAAAAAAGGAAGAGAAGCGUACCGAAACGCAGAAAUGUCCGCCCGUCGUGUUGCACACAGAUGAAAACAACGUCAAAUCGGAAAGCGAUGAUUCUUCCAAGGAGAGAAAAUUGGUCAAACGAAUACAGUUUUCCGAUUCUUCAGAAGAUGAAAGAUACUAUCUAGUGGAGCUUCCACUGAUAAGAGGCAUUCGAAACGCUAAAUGCUUUCUCCAUUUUGUUAAACAUACCAUGAAUGCAGAACAGUACAACCAUGUGAAAAUGGAAGUAUUCCCUCCCAAUGAUGAUACGAAGGAAAAUGCGACAAGGCAUGUUGAGAAAUUUGAAAAGCUAAAGCUAAAAUCUGGCGUGCAUUCAACCGACUUAAAAAGACGUGUCACGGAACCUUAUUCUUUACCAUCGGGUAAACGUUACAAGAAACUUAACUUAGCUGUAGUAUCGGAUUACGUUGAAGAAGAAGAAUCAUGCAGUUAAUGCUGUGCACACACUAAGA